AUGUGGCGCGUUCAUCUGUUCCUUCUGCUAUCCACCUGCUUUCUCAUACCGUACGAUGCAAAGCCGACCACAGGCAGCUCAACGUCAGCUUCAACAUUGUCAGAGGCGCGACGUAGCAGCCAUAUUGGCCGAUUGGCGGCCAAGGAUCUGGCCGAUCUGCUUCUAGCCAGCAUGCAGGCGCGUGGCAUCAAGCUGACCGACUCCCAGCAUUCGACGAUAAAGUCCCUGAGAGGCAUGGAGACGACCGAACAGCAGGGCGGCGCCGUGCUGCUGCAAGUGGGCAUGGAUGUCAUCAUUGAUGUGCUAAUUGGUAGCAAUGCGGAUGCCAGCUGCGAACGCGUCAUCAAGGAUAUCAAGAAGUCGUCGGAUAAAAAUAGCCUGACACUUGGUCUUAAAUCCUUCCUGGCACUAUGCGCCUUCAACAAUAUCGAGUGUUCGCAGAAGCAGGUGGUGCAGAUCAUCAAAAACACGACAUCAGCUAAACAGAGUGACACAGCUAUACAGGGCACUCGAAUCACGCGCACGGCCCUCGAGCAGGCUGGCAAAUCUGCCAACAUAAAAGGCGAUCGCGAUUCAAUCGUUAGUUUCCUUCAGGCAAGGAGCGUACCGGAGCUGAGCGCUAUUUUGAGCACGCUUCUGCAAGUGUGCGGUGCAUCCAGUGUCGAGGCUCAGAACAUUGUGCAGAAUCUGAUUGAAAUGGGCCCCAAAGAUGGCACUGGCGUCAAUGUGUUGCAGAUCAAUGGCUUUAGCACGCUGAUUGUUUCCCUUAUGGAUAGCCUAACGUCUAUUGCUAAUGGCAACAAGAGCGGCUUCUGUGCCGCUACACCUGAGAGCUGGAUUGUGCGUCUACUGGAUAUGGGCGUGGCAAAGGUUAUUAUAAUGGGUUUAAUGACGGCCUUGGAUCGCUCGCUGCCUACCUCACCCAAUGCGCUGAUACGUAAGCAAGGUAAUGCAGUUGCAAAUUUGGUGGAUGCUGAUGUUGGCAAGAGCUCGCCCACUUCCAAACGUGCCAGUGGUUCUCUUCCCGUUAUUGGCAACCUGUUAAAUGUUGCUAACCAAGGUGGAAAUACCAUCACAAAGGGUCCUAAGAAUUUGAUUAAUGGUAGCGGCAACACUAUUCUUUCUGCGGUUGAUGCGAACGUUCUUGCGGGAGUUGGUGUUAAUGCUCUCAAUAGUAUUACAGGCGUGGUUGGAGGCUCCAAUGGUGGUGGUGGAUCCAGUACCGGUUCCAAUAGUGGUUCCGGCGCCGGCUUGGCACGAUCUCAAAAUAUUGCAAAUCAACUGGGCAAUAAUAUAUCACAUAACUAUUUGCUAAUAACUUUCUCUUCUACAGUGGGUCCCAAAAAUGUUGUAAGCGGUAACGGAAAUACUAUCGCAAGCUUAGUUGAUGCCCAGGUUCCUGUGGGAGCCGAUGUGAAUGUUCUCAGCGGAGCUUUAGGCACCGUAACUGGAGGUUCUGGUGGUUCCGGUGGUGUUGCCGGUGGUCUUUUGGGUGGUGGUUCCGGUUCCGGUUCCUCUCGCUCUCAAAAUACUGCUAACCGGUUCGGCAAUGAAAUCUCUAGUAAGUUUGUUUACCGUACAUAAAUAUGUUACUAUUUCCUAAUACCUAUCUCUUUCACAGCGGGUCCCAAAAAUAUCGUGAACGGUAGCGGAAAUACUAUCGCAAGCUUAGUUGAUGCGCAGGUUCCUGUGGGAGCCGAUGUGAAUGUUCUCAGCGGAGCUUUAGGCACCGUAACUGGAGGCUCUGGUGGUUCUAGUGGUGUUGCCGGUGGUCUUUUGGGUGGUUCUACCGGUGGUCUUUUGGGUGGUGGUUCCGGCUCCGGUUCCUCUCGCUCUCAAAAUACUGCAAACCGGUUCGGCAAUGAAAUCUCUACGGGUCCCAAAAAUAUCGUGACUGGUAGCGGAAAUACUAUCGCAAGCUUAGUUGAUGCUCAAGUUCCUGUGGGAGCCGUUGUGAAUAUUCUCAACAAUAAUCGAGGCACCGUAACUGGAGGUUCAGCUGGUUCUAGUGGUGUUGCCGGUGGUCUUUUGGGUGGUGGUUCCGGUUCCGGUUCCUCUCGCUCUCAAAAUACUGCAAACCGCUCUUCCAUAGCGGGUCCCAAAAAUAUCGUGAACGGAAGCGGAAAUACUAUUGCAAGCUUAGUUGAUGCCCAGGUUCCUGUGGGAGCCGAUGUGAAUGUUCUUAGCAGAGCUUUAGGCACCGUAACAGGAGGUUCUGGAGGUUCUAGUGGUGUUGCCGGUGGGCUUUUGGGUGGUGCUACCGGUGGUCUUUUGGGUGGUGCUACCGGUGGUCUUUUGGGUGGUGGUUCCGGUUCCGGUUCCUCUCGCUCUCAAAAUACAGCUAACCGGUUCGGCAAUGAAAUCUCUACGGGUCCCAAAAAUAUCGUGAACGGGAGCGGAAAUACUAUCGCAAACUUAGUUGAUGCGCAGGUUCCUGUGGGAGCCGAUGUGAAUAUUCUCAGCAGAGCUUUAGGCACCGUAACUGGAGGUUCUAGUGGUUCUAGUGGUGUUGCCGGUGGUCUUUUGAGUGGUGCUACCGGUGGUCUUUUGGGUGGUGGUUCCGGUUCCGGUUCUUCUCGCUCUCAAACUACUGCUAACCGGUUUGGCAAUGAAAUCUCUACUUCCACAGCGGGUCCCAAAAAUAUCGUGACUGGUAGCGGAAAUACUAUCGCAAGCUUAGUUGAUGCCCAGGUUCCUGUGGGAGCCGAUGUGAAUGUUCUCAGUGGAGUUUUAGGCACCGUAACUGGAGGUUCUGGUGGUUCUAGUGGUGUUGCCGGUGGUCUUUUGGGUGGUGCUACCGGUGGUCUUUUGGGUGGUGGUUCCGGUUCCGGUUCCUCUCGCUCUCAAAAUAUAGCCAACAAAGGUGGUAAUACCAUAACAACGGGUCCUAAGAAUGUAAUUAAUGGAAGUAACAACUCCAUAUUUAAGGCAGUUGAUCUCGAUCUUCCUGUGGGACUCGGUGUAAAUCUGUUACAAAGCGCAGUGGGCACGGUUUCUGGUAGUUCCAGUGGUUCUGGUGGUGUCUUGGGUGGUGCUACUGGCGGUCUUUUGGGUGGCCUUACUGGAGCUGGCUCUGGCUCCUCUCAAGGCCAAAACAUUGCUAAUAUGGGUGGCAAUCAGAUUAGCACGGGUCCGAAAAAUAUUGUAAGUGGUAACGGCAAUAGCAUUGUCAGCUUAGUUGAUGCAGCGGUCCCUGUGAAUCUCGCCGUAAACGCGCUCAGCAGUGCUGUGGGAAGUGUAAUUGGAGGAGGUGCUGCCCGUAAUGAUAUCGUUCAGGUGGUUGAUCAGCAAGGCAAUCGCCUCAUGGACAUUUGGGAUAAGGACGGUGUGACUGCUGGCAGCGGAGGUAUUGGCAAUGAUUUAUCCAAUACCGUUAAUAGAGGUCCCAAGCAAAUUGUUAUGGGCGACGGCAACAAAAUUGUCAAGCUGGUAAAUUUGGAUGCGUCCGUGCUGGCUAGGCUUGAUCUGGCCAACGCCAUCCGGGGCAGCAGCGGCGCCUGCAAUGGCAUCGGCAAUAAGCUUGACAACGAGCUGAACACUGGACCGGAGAACAUUAUUGAAGGCAAUCGUAAUACGCUUGUGACUUUGGUGGAUCUCAAUUUGGAUGUGUUGGCCAAUUUGAAUCUCUUGAAUAGCAUUAUUGGCUCUGUGGGCAAUGACUGUCAGGUGACGACGCCCGAGCCGCCGACACCCUCACCACCGACGCCCUCACCUCCGACACCCUCACCCCCGACACCCUCUCCACCGACACCCACACCACCUACACCUUAUCCCCCAACUCCAUCCCCACCCACACCACAACCUCCUACCCCCUCACCACCCACUCCAAGUCCACCUACCCCCAGCCCGAAUAACUGUUACCGGCGCUACUGUCGCAAGUGGCGCACUCGCCCCAGUUACUUGUGCUACAAAAACUGCGGCGGCUCAUACGUCUACAGACCCUAAUGUGGACUUCGCUCAGGAGUUGCGUGAACUGCUUUUGAAAAUGGGAUCCACUUCUGUCGCCCAUACACCUGUUAUUUAAUUUAGCAAUGGUUGCACCU